AUGUCUAGAUUAGAAUACAUCAGCUUGAGGAGUGCCCAUUAACUACACCCAUAAGCAUAUGUUAAUAUCAAGAAACAAUAAUUAAGUAAAUCAUAUAAUUGAAAAUUAGCUAAAACCAUCAUGACUUGUCUUCACCACCAUAAGACUCCUUCCUCUAGAGUUGAAGUUUCCAAAAAUAUUCUUUUCUCUAUUUGUUCUUAACCUUUUUAGUUUUCUUUAAUUAGUUUGGGUAUAUUAUUUUCUUUUGGCUUCUUCUUCCACUACAAAGAUGCCAUGGAAUUGUUGUUGCACUAUUGUUGAUUCAGAUGUUGAAAAAGAAGAAUCAAAGACCAGAGAAAACAGUAGUGUUAAUAGGGAUUACUCUUGGGAAAGAUACUCUCUGAAGGAGCUUGUACAUGCCACAAACAAUUUCCAUGAAAAUCACAAGAUUGGAGAAGGUGGUUUUGGAAGUGUUUUUCGCGGUCAAACUAGUAAAGGGGUCGAGAUAGCAGUGAAAAGACUAAAGAUGAUGACAGCAAAGGCAGAGAUGGAAUUCGCAGUAGAAGUAGAAAUGCUUGGAAGAGUAAGGCACAAAAAUUUGUUAGGACUGAGGGGAUACCAUGCUGGAGGAGAAGAAAGGCUUAUUGUAUUUGAUUAUAUGCCUAAUCAUAACUUAAUCACACAUUUGCACGGAAGCCUUGCCUCAGAUUGUCUUCUUGAUUGGUCUCGUAGAAUCAAUAUCAUCAUUGGUUCAGCCGAAGGUUUAGCGUACUUGCACUGCGAACUCAGCCCACACAUGAUUCAUCGAGACAUAAAAGCAAGCAAUGUACUUUUAGACAUUAACUUUGAACCAAAAGUAGCUGAUUUUGGUUUUGCAAAGCUAAUCCCUGAUGGUAUAACUCAUAUGACUACUAGAGUAAAAGGAACACUUGGUUAUCUAGCUCCGGAAUAUGCAAUGUGGGGUAAAGUAUCUGAGAGUUGUGAUGUUUACAGCUUUGGAAUACUGCUCUUGGAAAUCGUAAGUGGCAAAAAGCCUUUAGAGAAACUCUCCAAAGGAGUAAAGCGUGACAUUGUUCAAUGGGUCACACCUCAUCUCCAAAUGGAUGACUUUGAUCACAUAGCUGAUCCAAGGUUGAAAGGGAAAUUCGAUCUCUAUCAGCUUAAAUCUGUGGUUUUACUAGCUAUGAAAUGUACAGAUAACAGCCCUGAUAAUCGACCAACCAUGUUGGAAGUGGUGGAGUGGUUAAAGCGAAGUACUAGUCUUGUUGUGUUGAAAAAAAAUAUAAAGGAUAUUGAUGAUCAUGAGUAUUAUGAGGAAGAGGAAGAGACCGACAAAACUGAUACGUACUGAUUAUGAAACUCUAUGGUGCAAGAUUGACUAGGAAUACUUGUUCACAGAGGAAGUCGUCCUCAUCAUUAUUUUUCUCUUAUUGAACUCUAUGGCUAAAACUUGAAUGUAAUGUUAUAGCCAUCGAUGGUGUUAAAGCUCAAAUGACCAUAGUGUGGGGAUCAUGGGAUGAAAUAUCAUAUGUGUAACUAAAAAAACAAAGGUAUAUAUAAAGACAAUUUUUUUUUUUUAAGAAAAAUACUUAUUUAUUUUGAUGAUUAAAAUUAUAUCUUGUUCGGUUGAGUGAUCAAUAUUAAUUUGUAAAUCAUUUUGUAAAUGUAUUAAUUGAACAUGUAUCCGUAUGUAUCCAUUAAUUUUUUCAGAUGA